UUUUUUUUUUUUUUUUUUGCUUGUAGAAUGUGUACAAAAAGUUUGCACAGAAUUUGCUGCUGCUAUGGAGGUCUUCCAUUUAUGAGUGAUCUACUCAGACACCUGUAGUGAAUCGCGCUCAAAAGUAGCGUGUUCAACUGUUCAUGUCAUUGCCAAUGCCAUUAACCAUCUCUCGUGUGCUAUCGGUUACUGGAUCGACGUUACUUACAAAAUGCUAACGCGACAAUCCAACGAUUAAGAAUGCGUGAUAGGUUGAUCCAAAAAUCUCGACAUGCUGUGCAAUCUCUUCACCAUGAUGCUGAUAAAGAUCAAAGGUCACAUUCUUGAGAUACGAUACUUAUCCUCCUAAUUCAUUAAGCAUAGUCACAAUCACACACUAUCAACGCUGUGUUUCAACUAAUUGAAACAGAGCAUUCCUAAACACAAAAGCAAAUUGAAUAAGAAUUGGAUCCUCCAUCAUCCACCAUUAUCAGCAUCUAUCUCUCAGCCUUCCCUCCCCCCUCAAGAUAAUGCCAAAUUAGAAAAAGGGUGUGGAUUGGAUUCCCCAUCAAACAAAUCAACUUUUUCAUGAUUCCCGCCAUAAUCAGAACAAACAAUUAGCCACCCAUCUUUCAAGCUAAUGAUGUAUAUAAAUAACUCAAACUAGUCUCCAAUUGGUAACAGUCUAAUUAAUCAGCCAAGCUUUCUCUUUCUCAAAGGGGUAAAAAAAAAAUGGGGAAUGGGUCAAGCAGAGGAGAAGGAAGAGGAAGAAGGGACACGAACCCUGAAGCAGGUGAGGACAAAGAAUGGACCUUUCUCGCCACCUUCGAGCGCCAGUAUGGAAGCUCCACCCACCCUUUCUUCUACACGUGUCGAUUCCCGGAGGCACUGAAGAUCGCCGACGAGGAGCGGAAGUUCGUGUUCAUCUACCUCCACUCCCCUGCCGACCGCCACUUCACCCCUGCCUUCUGCAAGCACACCCUUUCCUCCGACCGCGUGGUUCAGUACCUCGACGACAAUUUCGUCACGUGGGGGGCGCUCGCCGACAGAGGGGAAGGCCGACAGAUGGCCAAAACGCUGCUCCGGCCCGGAACUUUCCCCUGCUGCGCCGUCGUCGCGCCGGCGGCGGGGGAAGACAUGACCGUCCUGCAGCAAAUGGAAGGUCCGAUGUCGCCGGAGAAGCUGGUGGAGAUUCUGCGGAGGACGGUGGAGGAUCACGGAUUGGCGUUUGGGCAUGAGAGGGCGAAAGAGAGGAAGAGAUCGAAAGCGAGAGCUAAGGAGGAAGAGAAGUUGCGAGAGGAGAAGUUGAAGAAGAAGAAAGGUCAGCAAUACUACUGAAGUAUUGAUGAUUAGCCUCUCUCAAUCAAAACUCCCUUUUUCCAUAUUAAUGGAUUUUAGUGUAAGUAGAGUAUAUUAAUGUGUAAUGGUGAGGGGAUUAGAGUUGGGCAUGGCUGGUUUGGUUUGUCUAAUUGUUAAGUUGAUGUAUUGUUGAAUUUGGUGUACUGUGAAUUAGAGAGUUGGGUAUAUGUAAUUAUGUUUUGAAAUAGUUGGGGUGGUUUGGAUGGAUUAAUAGAAAUGAGUCAAUUUGAUCAAUUGUCUUGUUUUA